CUGGAAAAAAAAGAUACAGGAAUUCAUAAAUAGUUUUUGCACGGUUUAGUUUAAUAUUGUUGUUUAAAGUGUGGUUGGCGAGGAGGGUCGUAAAGCGGCGAGCGAGUGUUUGUUCGAAGAGAAGAAUGGUGGAGUCCGUAAAAGUAAACGACUUGGAACUCACUUUAAAGCCUUUCUUUCGGAGAGCUUCGGAAGCCGAAGACCGCUUAUCAAAACUUGAAGCUGCCAUCAAUAGUAAAAAAGAUGCUGGGAAUGAGGAACAGUUGAAAAUGGUUAAUGAUCUUCAGUCAAAGCUAGAAGUUGCAAAUGCUGAAUUAAGUUCAGAAAAACAGAAGGCUCAGAUGCUUGCUGCAGAAAAUGAAAAACUUCAAAACCGUAUAGUUCAUCUUCUGCGAUCACUCAAAGAGGCUGAUCUGAAAUUAGAGCAAGUUACAGCGAGGGAGCAGCUGGAGAGCUUGAAAUUGCAGGGCUCUUGAACUUAUGAUCUGAAAAUUGUCACUUUUAAAUUACCCAAAGUUGAAUUAUUGUUGUCAUAUAAUUUGACAUCAUGAAGGAUUGCACUGAUGACAUUUUAGAAAUUAUCUAAAUUUUAAAAUCAACUUAUUUUCAAUUCUUACUCACAAUUGUUUUAUUGGGCUACAAA